AUGCAGGCGGUGGUGAAGUAUUCGUUAUUUAAAUAUUCACUUGAGCCCCGUGUGCCGAGUUCACCGGUUCCACCGCUCAGUAGUCCGCCAGCUGCAACGACUUCAGCAAAAGCAGGAGCCGUCUCGGCGCUCACCCAACAAUUCGAAAUGAAUGCCCGAAGACACUGGAUUGAGGAUUCAUCGUCACGUAGUGGCACAAAAUGGAGCCCAAAGGGUGGUCCAAAGCCAAAGGAACUGCCGCAGGUACUGCCAACAGUAGAAUUCAAAACAACGCCAUCUGGAGGAAAAUACAAGAAAAUUGACUAUGAGGUCAUUGAUGCCAGCAAAUCUAUGAGUAGUGACGAAAGAGAAGAGGAAAGCUAUCGCAGUGUAAGCACAAAGAAAACUUUUGCUCCAAAGUUUACGUGA